GCCGCGCGGGCACGACGUCGACGUUCACGCGCUGCUCGCUCGAGAUCCGCGCGGAUCUGCUCGAGCACCGCGCCGGCGCGCGGUCCUGGACCUUCUGCUUCAAGACNCACGGCGACAUCGUCCCCGAGGAGUGCAAGGUCAAGGUCUACCCGAAGAAGAAGAAGAUCAAGGUCGUCGUCGCGGCGAAGCGCGCCAGCGGUUACGCGGCGGCGGCCGCGGGCCGCGAGAGCGCGGCCCGGCGGCUGCAGGAGCUGUCGUCGUCGCUCGAGGGCCGGGCGCUGGAGCAGCCCGCGCGGCGGCUGCUGGACCUGUCGUCGUCGCUCGAGGGCCGGCCGCUCGAGCAGCCCGCGCGGCGGCUGCUGGACCUGUCGUCGUCGCUCGAGGGCCGGCCGCUCGACCCGUCGAGGAUGCGCGCCGUGCGCGACGCCGCGCGGGACCUGGGCCUCGGCGCGCGGCGCGCCGGCGACGGCGGCGCCGCGUCGCCGCCGCCGGCGGCGUCGCCGCGCGGGAGCGGCUCUGGCGGCGCGGAGUCGCUGAGCGUGCGCUACGCGGCGGGGCGCGGCGGCGCGUCCGCGCUCCGGUCCAUGGUCGCGAACGACGUCCAGGGCCCGUCGCGGCCCCGCGAGGCCCUGCGCUUCCAGAAGGGCGACACGAUCCCGCUGGCCAAGGCGACGGUCGUCGCGUUCGUCGGGAGCGGCGCCUUUGGGGACGUCUACCGCGUCGACGUCCGCGGGCGGUCCUGGGCCAUGAAGGCGAUCCGCCUCGGCGGCGCGGAGACGGGCGAGCGGUCCGGGUCGGCCCUCGAGCGGCGGGCGAAGCUCGAACUGGACCUCUGCAAUGAGGCGGCGGUGGCGCUCUGCGUGCCCCCGCACCGGCGCGUCGCGGCGUUACGCUUCCUCACGCCCGACCCGCGGAGCCCGACGGAGCUCUUGGCAACAAGAAUCAUGGGCUCCCCCGACCGCAAGUCCCGCAGCCGCUCCCGUUCGCCCGCGAAGCGCUCCCGCUCGCCGGACCGCGAGCGCUCCCGCCGCGACCGCUCCGACAGCCGCGACCGCGAGCGCUCCCGCCGCGACCGCAGCCGCAGCCGCUCGCGCGGCCGCGACGACCGCGGCGGCGGCGGCGGCGGCUACGGCAAGGCCUCGGGCGUCGCGUGCCGCUGGAACGAGCGCGGCUUCGGCUUCAUCAAGCCCGACGACGGCGGCGACGACCUCUUCUGCCACGUGUCGCAGAUCACGGACGGCAACGCGCUCUCCGAGGGCGCGACGGUCCACUUCGUCAAGGUCUUCGACGAGCGCCGCGGCAAAGACCGCGCGGAGCAAGUCACGGGCGGCAUCACGGCGCAGGACGGCGGCGGCGGCGGCGGCGGCUACGGCGGCGGCGGCGGCUACGGCGGCGGCGGCGGCUACGGCGGCGGCGGCUACGGCGGCGGCGGCGGCAGCACCCAGAUCUGCUUCGACUUCCAGAAGGGCCGCUGCACGCGCGGCUCUAGCUGCCGCUUCUCCCACGACGAGGGCGGCGGCGGCGGCGGCGGCGGCUACGGCGGCGGCGGCGGCGGCUACGGCGGCGGCGGCGGCGGCUACGGCGGCGGCGGCGGCGGCUACGACGACCGCGACCACGGCUACGGCGGCGGCGGCCGCUACUAGGCAAGCCCCCAAGCACAAGACUCGCCCGCCCGCGACACGCGCGCGGCCCUUCGCAUCCCCCCGUAUUUCUAUACAUA